AUGAGGAUGCAGAGGGGGACGAGGAGGAGGCGCUGCCGCCGGCGGAGGCUGAACUUCCUGGGUCAGCGGCGGCGGCUCCAUCCGGCGCCCGGGCGGAGCUUCCCCGAGCGGCCGGGGGGGAGCCCCGGGCCCCCCGAGCACCGCCGGUACCGGGGGGGUCCUCGGAAGGGCCGCGGGGGGAUCCCCCCAGGGAGUGGGGGUGGUCGCGACUCUCCUUUCCCGUCUCCUGGAGGAGCCGCCGGGCUCGGGAGCGGCGGAGCCGGCAUCAUGCAGGAGAACUACGAGUCCCUGAUCCUGCUGGAUUUCCCCAUCCCCAAACCCAACGUGGUGUCCCGGCUGGAGCUGGAGGAGGAGCUCGGCGUGCCGGACCCCAACGACUCCAAGGAGUGGGAGAUCCUCAGGGUGGCCCCCGCAGAUGACGGGACAGGGAGCGAGGAGGAGGCAGAGUCGGAGGAGUCCCCAGAACCGCCCGAGCUGGACGCUCGGAUCCUGUCCCGAGGAGGCGGCACCGGCAUCACCACCGAGGAGCUCGUCCCGCAGCCCCCUCCCCUCUCCCUGCUCACGCCCGCUGGGCGGGGGCGUGGGCGCCGCGGGCGCGGCGGGGGCGGCCCGAGGAGCUGCGGGCGGUGCGAGCGGAGCCUCCCGGAGCUGCCGGGGCAGCGGCGCGGCCGCGGCCACGGCGCGGAGAAGCCCUACAAGUGCCUGGACUGCGGGAAGAGCUUCACCCGCAGCUCCAACCGCAACGCCCACCAGCGCCUGCACUCCGGGGAGCGGCCGCACCGCUGCGGGCAGUGCGGGAGGGGCUUCGGGCACGGCGCGGAGCUGGCCAAGCACCAGCGGCUGCACGGCGGCCAGCGGCCCUUCGCCUGCGGCAAGUGCGGCAAGAGCUUCGGCUGGAGCUCGGAGCUGGCGGUCCACCAGCGCGUCCACGGCGGCGAGAGGCCCUUCAGCUGCGGGGAGUGCGGCAGGAGCUUCGGCCGCAGCUCCAACCUCAGCGCCCACCUGAGGACGCACCGGGGCGAGCGGCCCUUCGCCUGCCCCGACUGCGGGAGGAGCUUCAGCUACAGCUCGGCCUUCCUGAAGCACCGCCGGGGGCACGGUGGCGGUGGCGGUGGUGGCGGGGAGAAGCCCCCCUUCCCCUGCCCCAGCUGCGGGAAGAGCUUCGCGGAGAGCUCGGCGCUGCUGCGGCACCAGCGGAGCCACUCGGGCGAGCCCCGGCCCCGCUGCGGGAGGGGGGUCUGCCCCGAGGGCUCGUCCCUCCCGUCCCUCCCGCCCCACCGGCGCGGCCGCCCCGCCGCUGCCCGCGGGGGGAAGCCCUACACGUGCGGCGACUGCGGGAAGGGAUUCGGAGGCAGCUCCGCACUCGUCCGGCACCAACGGCUCCACCUGGGACCCCCGGGGUUGAACUUCCUGGGUCAGCGCCGCUGCCGCCGCCGCCGCCUCCUCCAUUGUCCGUCCGGCCGCGGCUCCGAGAGCCUCCGGUGGGAGCGGGGACCCGGGUGGGCGGGCUGGGUGGGGCGCAGCCCCCGAGCUCGGCGUGCCGGGGAGGGAGGAGGAGGAGAAGCGGCUUUCGCAUCGCUCGCCCGCGGGACGGGGAGGGCGGCGGAGGAGGGCCGAGCCUCGCCAUGUCUCCCCAAGCGCUGCCGGGGUCGUCGGCGACUCCCGCCCAGGCCGAGGCGGGGCGGGCGGAGGGACCCCGCAGUCGGUGGCGGGAGGGGGCUGGGGGUCCGCGGGCGGGGGUCCGCAAGCGCAAGGAGACGGUGGUCCGGCAGCGGGGCCCGUCGGGGGAGGGGGAGCAGCACCCCAACAUCUGCGUGGAGUGCGGGAAGAGCUUCGCGCGGAGCGCGGCGCUCACCGAGCACCGGCGCAGCCACGGCGGCGACCCCCGCGUCACCCCCCCGUCCCCUCCCGCCGGCGGCGGCGGCGGCGGCGACCACCGCCCCUUCUCCUGCCUCGACUGCGGGAAGAGCUUCGGCCUCAGCGCCCACCUCGUGCGGCACCGCCGCGCCCACGCCGGGACCCCCGCGCGGAGCUGCCGGGACUGCGGGAAGGAGGUGGGACCCCCGCCCGCCGCCGCCCCCCGGCGGGACCCCCGGCCAGCGGCCCUACAAGUGCGUGGACUGCGGGAAGAGCUUCAGCCGGGGGGCCAAGGAAGCCCCCGGCCCCCCCCGCCCGCCGGCCAAGCGGCGGCGGCGGCCGCGGGGCGGGGGGAGCCCCGGCGGGGCCAAGCCCCCCUCGCUGGGCAUCCCCAACACGUGCGGGGAGUGCUGGCAGAGCUUCAGCCAGAGCUCGGACCUGGUGAAGCACCUGCGGAUCCACACGGGCGAGAAGCCCUACGCCUGCGCCCACUGCGGGAAGCGCUUCAACGUCUCCUCCAACCUCAUCCGCCACCAGCGCAUCCACACGGGCGAGAAGCCCUACGGCUGCCCCGACUGCGGCAAGAGCUUCACCGACAAGUCCACGCUGACCCAGCACCGGCGCAUCCACACCGGGGAGAAGCCCUACGCGUGCGGCGUGUGCGGCAAGAGCUUCAGCCGCAGCUCCCACCACAAGCGGCACCAGCGCACCCACGCCGGGGGGGCCCCCGGAGCCCUCCUGCCCCUCUGGCCCUACCCCAGCCAGCCCUGCUGAGG